AUGUCUUUGGACAACUUUAUUCGCUUAGCAGAUAGUUUGGUGGAAUUCGAUUCUGAGUUUAAUGAAAACAGACUUCCCAUAUCGUCAUGUCAUGCUGUGGAAGUUCAUAAACUUGAGAUCAAAUCCACAUGGUCUAGAAUUAAGACGGCAUAUGACAAAUUUUUAGCGGAUAGAGAUAAUAACGACGACGAAGAUGAUAGCCCCGUUGAUUUAGACACGUUCCGUACUAAAUACAAGACCACCUAUAUAACUUAUUGUAAUCUGCUGGCAAAACUUUCGGAAUUAGCUGAGAAACUUCGACAAGAUGCUUCCUCCAAAUAUGAUAGUUCCCCUAUUCCUACACAUUCAAUAGAAAUCAGUCGCUUAAAUACGGAUUCUUAUAGUUUCAAUUUACCACCAUGUGAUAUUGAAGUAUUCAAUGGAGACUAUAUGCUAUGGCCUACAUUUCGUGACUUGUUCACGGCCGUAUACAUAAAGAAUUCCAGGUUAAGUUCUGUUGAGAAACUAUUUCAUUUAACACAAAAAACUUCAGGAGAAGCCCGUGAAAUUGUACAAAAAAGCCCAUUGACAAAUAUGGGAUUUGACUUAGCCUGGACUAAUCUUUGUACACGUUUUGAAAAUCGUCGAAUUUUAGUCAAUUUGCAAUUGAAAGUCCUUUUUAAUCUUCAGUCGAUUUCAUCCGAAUCCGGAAUUGCACUCAAACAACUGCAACGCGAUAUUAAUUCUAGUAUUUCGGCUCUAAAGAUGUACGAUAUCGAUGUUGAAAGUUGGGAUCCGAUAUUCGUUUUUUUGUGUUCAAAUCGACUCCCUGACACUACUCUUACAUUGUGGGAACAAGGUCUGACAGAUAAAACUAGCAUUCCUAAAUGGGCAGAUCUUGACUCAUUUCUGACAAAUCGGUAUCGGACACUUGAAUCUGUAGCAGAGUUGCGUAAAACAAAUACGAACUCCAAAGUAUCUCUUUCGACAAGAAAAAUUAACAGUUUUCAAAAUAAUAUAGCAGCUCCAAGAUGUCCUCUUUGCCCCAAUGAAUUUCAUGUAAUAAGAAAGUGUCCAAGUUUUUUAGAAAUGGAUUACCCUCAGAAAUUCGGUCUAAUAAAAAAACUAAGUCUAUGCCUAAAUUGUUUUUCAAAAUUACAUUUAGUUAAGAAUUGCAAUAGUAAGAAUAGUUGUGGUCACUGUAGAAAGCGUCAUAAUACCUUGCUUCACAGGGAUAACUCUGACCCUAACGAGUUAAGUGAAGGUACCACUUCAAAUUUAAAUCCAAACUCAAUACCUUUCGUACAAAGUGAUAGUGAUCCAACUACAUCCACAACAAGUUCAGGAGUUUCGAUACAGAAUUGUUUUUCAAUGAAUUCGAAUGGUGUCCUUUUAGGAACUGCCAUAGUUAACAUUAGUCAUAUGGACGUAAAGUUUCGGGCACGUGCUCUAAUUGAUUCGGGAUCAGAGGGAACUUUGAUAUCCGAACGCUUGUUCAACCGAUUAAAAUUGCCAUUUAGGAAGACAACAGCUACAAUCUCAGGGCUAAACAAUACAGUAUCUGCUACUGUACGGAAAGAAUGUUGCUUUGGCUUAAGUUCUCCUUUGUAUAGUGGAAGUCAAAUUUCUGCAAAAGCUUUAGUUGUUCCCCAUUUAGCAGAAAAUAUUCCGUCACAAACAUUUCUUCCUUCAUCAUUCUCGGACUUACCUAAAAUUCCUCUUGCUGAUCCUUUAUUUCAUAACAGUGCGAAAAUUGACAUUUUGUUAGGUGGCGAUUUGAUUCCUUCAAUUAUGUGUUCCGGAGUAAGGACGUCUGUUUGUGGAUCUUUAAUGGCUCAAGAGACCAUAUUUGGCUGGAUUCUAACAGGGCCCGUUUCGACAAAAUCUACAAGUUCAAAUUCAAAUAUUGUUUCUUAUUUCUGUGAAAUUGCUUUGGACAAGGAAAUUUCCAAAUUUUGGGAGGUGGAGGAUCUUCCUCGGGAAAGGUUUAUAUCUCCAUCAGACAAAAAGUGUGAGGAAUUAUUCAAAAUGACGACAAGGAAAAGUCCGGAAGGAAGAUAUAUCGUUUCUUUACCCUUCAAGGAAGGAUAUCCUGAGAAAUUGUGCUUAGGUAAAUCUCGGAAUAGUGCUUUGGCUCAAUUUUUUCGGAAUGAAUCUAGACUUCUCCGGGACCCAUCGUUAAAAUCGGAGUAUGAUAGAGUCGUCCAAGAAUAUGAAGACUUAAAUCAUAUGUCCAAAGUUUGUGAUGAGUCCUUAAAUGAGUCCUUGACCUACUAUCUUCCUCAUCAUGCCGUCAUAAAGCCCGAAAGUACUACCACUAAAGUUCGUGUAGUAUUUAAUGCCUCAUCCCCGUCAUCAAAUGGUUUAAGUUUAAAUGAUAUUCUAUACCCGGGUCCUAUUUUACAAAGUGACUUACCACUUUUAAUUCUUAAAUGGCGUUUUUUUCGUUUUGUAUUCAAUGCGGACAUACAAAAAAUGUACCGACAAAUCUUAGUUGAACCUAAACAUACGCCUUUUCAAAGAAUAUUAUUUCGAAAAAAUCCUAACAGUUCUGUUCAAGAUUAUCAAUUAAACACUGUAACAUUUGGUGUCAACUGCGCUCCGUAUCUCGCUAUUCGAACGCUAAUUCAGUUAGCUGAAGAUGUUGAACUAGAAAAUCCAUCCGCCAGUAAAAUUCUGAAGAAUUCAAUGUAUGUAGAUGAUGUCUUGGCAGGGGAGCACACUAUUACAGCUGCAAUCAAAGCAAAAAAUAACCUUAUACAUGCUCUAGGGUCAGCUGGUUUUUCUUUACGGAAAUGGACAGCCAAUGUGAAAGAUAUUCUCGCCGAUCUCCCCUCAAAUCACUUACUUCAUGAAGACUUCUUGGAUUUCGAUGAUAGAAGUACAGCGAAAACAUUGGGCAUUAGAUGGAAUGCGGGCUCAGAUUCUUUUUACUUUGUUCCAACAGAAUUCACCGAGCCUUUGAAGUUCACUAAAAGAGAAGUUUUGUCACAUAUUGCCCGUUUGUUUGAUCCAGCUGGAUGGCUGGCCCCGUGCGUUAUCGUGGCAAAAAUAUUGAUGCAACAAAUAUGGGCAGAAGGAACUGGUUGGGAUGAAGUCUUAUCUCCUCAAUCACUUGCCCAAUGGAAAAUAUUCCAAUCGAAUUAUUCGUACAUAAAAGAUAUUCAUAUUCCUAGAUGGAUAAAUUUUGUUCCGAACUCCAACAUUCAAUUUCAUGGAUUCUGCGAUGCCUCUGAAAAGGCCUAUGCAGCGGUAUUGUACAUACGAAUAUCGAACAAUGACACUGUAUUCACACAUUUGAUCUCUUCAAAAACUAAAGUGGCUCCUUUAAAAACUAUUUCUAUACCACGUUUGGAACUUUGUGGAGCUGCCCUUCUCGCGGAAAUGAUUGAUUCACUUCUUCCAAAACUGGACAUCGAAAGAUAUGAAACUGUUUGCUGGACAGAUUCCACGAUCGUUCUAUCUUGGUUGGCUAAACCUCCGUGUUUCUGGCAAACCUUUGUCGCGAAUAGAAUAUCGAAAAUAUGUCAAAUUAUCGAUCCUUCACUUUGGCAUCAUGUGGCAUCGGAAAACAAUCCUGCUGAUAUUGCAAGUCGUGGCGUUUUGCCGCAAGAAAUGGUUCAUAAUGAUCUUUGGUGGAAAGGACCUACAUUUCUCCGAUUUCCAAAUGAAAUGUUUCAGGAUUUUGAUCAUAUUCUAGAAACAGAUCUGGAAAAGAAGCCAACAAGGUGCGAAUGUGCCGCGCCAAAAACUGACAAUUUUCCUUCUUUUGUGGCUGUCGUUCCGAUUUCCUAUUCGGGGCACAUUUACGAGAUAUAUACCAUACUGUCUAUACGUAAAGUGAUAUUAAACGGAAAACCCAAUACACCAAGAUUCCUGGAUUUAGCCAUAGAGCAUUGGCAGUCGUCUCGCUCCGAUUAA